GACGGAAAGCACGCCGCCUGGCAUCAAGCAACCCAUCGCCGGUCGCGUGUUCGGCUCCAACAACAUCUAUAUCAAUGAUGCUAGCUAUGUCGCAAUAACUUGUGAUGAUUCUAUCACCGUGUUCGUGGCGUGUGGCGCGUUCCGUGGCAUCGACUUGGAAUCCCUGCAAAAUCCCGUCCAAUGCGCUCGCGUUUCCGAUCGUUCAGAGCUGCGCACCCUCAUUUCGACGAUUUUUCGCUCGUAGUAGGGCUUCUGAACUGCAGAGUCUUGCGGGUCUGAAGACACAUAAGCAAUACCCAAGAUCUUUCAGCCUUGAAGCUUCACGUGAGCCUGAGGCAGGAAGUGAACCCGGGAUCAAUAUCCAGAAUGAAGAUGCAUGGCCGGAAUGGAGGCAGAAAAAAGUCGAGUCACAGAUAACGAUCGUGGAUUUUUCGUCCGAUCGCAUCGAGAGGUACGAGCUCACGAACUCGACUCUGGCAGAAUUUCUCGCAAAGCCUCGUGAACACUGGGUUAUGUGUCGCUGGUAUUCUGUGAAUGGUCUAAGCUGGGAUGUAGUGCGCAUGAUUGGAGAGAAGCAGAAACUACACAGCCUCGCAAUCGAAGAUCUUUUGCAUACCAGAAACCGUACAAAAGCAGACUGGUUUCCAGAACAUGUUUUUGUUCUGUUGACGUUACAACGACUUAUUCGGAAGUCCGAGGAUGCUAGUGGAUCAUCAUCACUCCGCCCGGAAGAUACUAAGAACCGCGGUCCCGCCUCUCGAGAAAGACAGGUUCCCACUGAGUACCAGGGCUCUGUGAAAACACUGCAAGCCUUUCGACACGAUAUGGACGACGAGAGAACGAAGUACAUGGAGACUCAUGCUACCCUCGCUCCGAAAGGCUUGAUGGUCUCUGUCGAGCAAGUAUCGAUCUUUCUCCAGAGCGACAACACAGUUGUCUCGUUCUUCGAACAUUCCGCUGAUGUGAUUGAGGAACCAAUCCUGAAACGCCUGCAGUCAUCUGAGACGGUAUUGCGAAGGAGUGGCGACGCUAGUAUGGUCAUGCAUGCUAUCAUUGACGGUAUUGUCGACCUCACUAUUCCUAUUGCGACCGCAUACGAAGAAAGUAUCGCAGAGCUGGAGCUGGAAGUCUUGAUGGAACCGCAUAUUUCCCAUUCAAAAGCCCUCUACAUUCUCACCUCAGAGCUCUCACUCCUCCGAUCGCAGAUCGCUCCAAUUUCGGGCCUAGUCAACGCCUUGCGACAACACAACUCCAAUGCACUCAUUCAGACAACCGGAUCAUCCCGAGACUCCUCGUCUCCCAUUGCUAAUUCUCCACCUCCUUUCGCACCGAAGGACCCCUCCACAGGAUCUAUCACCAUCACCACGCUGGCCCAUACCUACUUCAGCGAUGUUGAAGACCACUGCAUCAUGGUGCUGGAGUCUUUGGAGCGAAUGCGCCGCUCCGCGGACCGCAUGAUCUCGUUGAUUUUUAACACGAUGGGCGCAUAUCAGAAUGAGAGCAUGAAGCAGCUGACUUUUGUCACCAUCCUGUUCCUGCCUAUGACCUUCUUGGCUGGCUACUUUGGCAUGAACUUCGAGGAAUUCCCUACGUUAAAGAACAGCGACGCGUACUUCUGGUGGCUUUGCAUACCCGUCACUUCGGUGAUGAUUUUGAUUUUGAUGCGGCAAAGAUUGUGGCGUGCUUUGAAACGCCUCGGACGGCGAAGGGGCAAGGCGAAGUCGCGUAGGGCGAGGGACCAGAACAGACUCCAGUAAUCAUCCAGCAAUCGAAAUCGACCUAUCGUAUCUUUGCGGAGGUGUAUAUGUGUAACUUACACAGAGCGCAUAGUUGAUCCUGUAUCAUAGGGAUUUCAGAUAAUCAUGAUGAACCGGAUGGGUUGACCGUCUGCUCCAGUGGGCUCCGAAUAGAUAGGGUGUUGUAGGCGACACAUUUGACCAACUGCACGAUU